UUCAACCUAGUGGCUUUCCUCGUGGUAAUUUUUAUUUCAUUAUCAAAGUGAACUUCCUCGUUAUAUAUCAAGGGAGCUAAAGACCAUUCUCCAGCGCAGAGUCUUAUGUUUCAACACAGCAUCCAUCACCUGAACUAGAAACGGAGAAGCCCAUCAGCCAGGGAUCCACAAAGAGGUGAAGGACGCUGGAAUUGGCUGCAAGGAAGGAGAUCCUCGGGACGUAACUGCUUCGAUGAAAGAGCAUAUCCCGGGUGAAAUCAUCCGAAAACAAAUGGCUAUUGUGGACGAACAAACAGAAGAGAGAUUGGAUCAACUACUACAGUCCUUCCUAAAAGAUUUCAAGGAACGGAAUCUUCAAGAAAAUGGCUGGCCAAAAAAUUUAUCGGCAUACACGGCUUCCAAAGUAGCUGUGAGCACAUAUACGAGGAUUCUCGCAGAGAAAUAUCCGACAUCCUGCAUAAAUUGUGUGCGUCCUGGCUUUGCCAAGACCGAUAUAAACUUUAACACCGGUAUCGUGUCAGUUGAAGAAGGAGCUAAAGGCCCUGUGAUGUUAGCUCUGUUGCCUGGUGGUAUCCCAACUGGCCUUUUCUAUGAGCAAACCAAUCCAUCAACAUUUGAGUGAGCCUGUAACCUUAAUGAUGCUGAGGAAACUAUGUAUUCAAUCAAAUAAGAGAUCUGCUUGCUAAACAUUGGACAGCAACUGGCAUAGAUUUCUAUAGAUGAGUGCAUCUCUUUAUGGGUUUAAAUGUAACCUUAACAGGUUGAAGAUAUACA